CACGAGUUGCGGAAUUUCGGGGCCAGUCGCAGGAAGCAGAGGACAGCAGCAUGGGCGAGCGCAAGGUCCUGAACAAGUACUUCCCGCCGGACUUUGAUCCGGCGCUCAUGCCUCGGCGCAAGCAGCCAAAGAACAUGCAGAUCGAGGUGCGUAUGAUGCUGCCCUUCUCGAUCCAGUGCAGCACGUGCGGCGAGUACAUGUACCGCGGCAAGAAGUUCAACUCGCGCAAGGAAGACGUGCUCGAGGAAGACUACCAUGGCAUCAAGAUCUUCCGCUUCUACAUCCGAUGCAUCACGUGCGCAAGCGAAAUCACGUUCAAGACCGAUCCGCAGCAUGGCGACUAUGCCGCCGAGCAUGGCUGCCAACGCAACUUUGAGCCAUGGCGUGAGACCGACGCCGACGAAGCUGCGAUGCUCAAGGAGCGCGAAGAAGAAGAAAAAGGCGACUCGAUGAAGGCGCUGGAAAACCGAACGCUCGACUCGAAGCGAGAGAUGGACAUUCUCGAUGCGCUCGACGAAAUCAAGGCAAUCAACCAGCGCCACGCCAAGGUCGACACGGACGCGCUACUUGCCAAGGUCGCCUGCAGCGGCGAGCAGCCCGUGGAAACCAAGAUCAUGACCGAAGAAGAGAUCCAAGCCGAGAUGGAAAACUUCCGGAAGCGCAAGCUCGAGCAGCUCUCGUCGGGCCCACCUGCCAAGGUGGCCAAGGCUGUGCCAGUCACACUGGCUGCCCCCGAGCAAGUAAAGCCGGCGCCAGCGCCCAUUGUGAUCAAGAAGAAGAAGACUAUGGCGUCCAAGCCGAAAGCCAAGGCCGCGCCGGCCAAGGCGGUUGCGUUGGUCGGGAAUUACGAUAGCAAUAGUGAUUAGGUUUGCGUGAAAUGAAGAACGUUGCUGCUUGCGA